AUGGCGCAGGCGGGCGUGUGGGUCAGUGGGCGAGGAGGGGGACGCACAAUGCACGCGUGGGCCGAGCCCCUUGAGACCUCCUCCUUCUCUUCCAGUGAGAGCGCUUCCAACCUCAAAGCCUUGUUUGACUUUGUCCAGACGUCCCUGACUCCCGACAGCAGCGACUCCUGGAAGGGCCCCGUGCUGCUGGUGGACGACCUCAGCGUCCUGCUCAGCCUGGGUGCCACACCGGUGGCAGUGCUGGACUUCAUCCACUACUGCAGAGUCACGGUGUGCUCCCAGCUGAAGGGAAACAUCGUGGUGCUGGUUCACAGCAACGAGGAUUCAGAAGACGAGGAAAACGAACUGGUUGUGAACUCCCUGUGUCAUCACAGUGACCUGAUCCUGUGGGUAGAGGGGCUGGCGACCGGCUUCUGCAAGGACGUUCACGGGCAGAUUAAAAUAAUUAGGAGAGUGUCCUUGGAGCUGACGGCGGAGCAGGAUCUCAUCCAGAUCUACCAGUACAAGAUCCAGGACAAGAACGUCACCUUUUUCGCUAGAGGGCUGUCUGCUGCAGUCCUGUGAUGCUGCGAUACCGUGCAGCGCUGUGAGAGCAACGCGGAGCGAG